AUGGGUUUCUUCUCGUUUGGAAAGAAGAAAAAGGGCGACACUCCUGCCCCGUCGGCCCCAGCGACGACGAGAAUUAGCAAGGAUAAGAAACCUGCAAUGCUCGUCAACAGCGCGAGCGCAGCGUCGACGUUAUCCAACGCGUCCUCGGGCUCAUCGUCGUAUUCCCCCCCUCGAACCUCGCAGCAGCAACAGCAGCAACAAGCCCCCGUCGCUCGCAGGACAAAUACAUCUCCAGUAGCUCGCAACAGCGGCCAUUAUCGACAUUCAUCUGCUCUCGCUCCUCCACCUCCCAUCCCAGCACUCUCAGGCCAUGCUCGACUCUCUGGAUCGUCGUCAACGUCCAAUCUUCGUCACAAUCCCGUCAAUCUGUCCUCUUCAAACACCAGUCUUGCCCUCCCAAACGCUCCCUACGCUAGUGGGAAUCUCGCGAAAAAGGGCAGUUCAGCCACAUUGAACUCGGUACACUCUGCCGGCGGCACACCCCUUAAACGUGGACCUCACGACCCACCUGCCCGAGCAGUCGGUCUCGGAAGUGCGAGUAGUAGCUCUGGUAGUCUCAAUAAUCCCUUUAACAAGCAGCGCGCCGCCAGUUACGGGUAUGGCGUUCGGAAUAUCUGGACGACGGGAACAGGUCCCAGGAGCAUCGAUGGUCACCAGUACAGUGGUAUGCAUCCCGCUGUCUUCGCUGGCAAGCAUGCUUCGACCGGAAGUCCUGGGAUGCUCGCAAAUGGAUCGUCAUACAUCAACGCUCACAAUGCCCAGUACGUUCUGGCCACCGACGACGAGUUCAAGGCAUAUACACGCCAAUAUGACAUGACGAUUGCCAAAGCUCACACGCUCGCUCGCGAAUAUCAUCAUCUUCCCCCCGCGAAGCGAGACCAAGCCGGCUUCGAAAGGAUCGGCCACGCGUUUGCGGCAGCCGCCAUCAUUUCCAGAGAACAUUGGAGCAUGCGCUGCGCUCUGGAAAAGGAGCGGCUCGAAGCCCUCUUGAGUCGGCGAAAGAAGGGGGACGUAGUCGAUGACGCCGACUGGGAGGAGCCCUCUCACCAUCGCGUCGCGGGGCUGCGCGCGUGUGAAGGGUGGCAAUAUGCGAGUAUGUUAGCGGAUGCUUGGGGUGUUAAAGAGGAAAUGUCCACGCCACUCGAAGAGAUGCCCGUUCUCAAGCCGAAGUACGCCACAUUUGAUGGGUACGGACAGAACACAGAUUCGUGGUAUAGUGAUUCCGGUGCGGGCUACAUGCAUCCGGGAUACUCUCCAGCUGCAUAUACUGCCUAUAUCACCCAACAACAGCAACAGCCCCCCGUAGCCCGAGGCAGAUACGACUCGACGGCUAGCCGGGCUAGUCGUGUCAGUCGUGCGCCUUCCUUCUCCGAGAGUGUUCAAAUGGCUCUCAACGAGAAUCGUGAACGCGCCAUUUCCCUCUCGAGCAGCCAUACGCACAGUGUCUCGCAUAUGCCCAGCGGGUACAACUCCCAUCCAUAUCCUUCGACAUCGCAGAACCCACCUUCAAACCACGGCCACGGCUCCAACCAUGGCCAUGGAAGCUACGUACCUAGCCGUCUCAAUCAUUCCACGCAUAGAAUUGCAAUGUCAGCCGACGAGCAUGGUAUGAAGCCCUAUGCCGAACCCUCGCACGAGUACAUUACCCCAUCCGUUCGUGAACAGCUCAGCCGUUCGCGCGCGAAUAGCGAGGUGGUGGAAAAGGUCGAGGAGCGACAGCCCAUUGUUCUCAAGCGCGGUAUCAAAUUCCGUAAUGGCUCUCUUAGUGGACGCUCCGUAGAGGGCGUCGCCGUCGCUGCUGCUUAA